AUGAACACGAAGCUUUUCAUUGCAUUAGCCUUCGCUGCCUCUGUCACAGCUGUCCCCGUGGAUCUCGACGGUCUUCUCCAGGGUCUCUCCGCAACUGCCACACGGACCGGCUCCGCCACGCCCACGCUCAUCACUUCCGCCUUGGGAGACAUCCCCACCACCACUGUGACCGUCGGCUCCGCCACACCCACGCUCAUCACUUCCGCCUUGGGAGACUACCCCACCACCACUGUGACCGUCAACCCUACCACGGUAACGCUCAUCACCUCCGCCUUGGGAGACGUCCCCACCAUCACGGCCAGCCCUACCCCAUACAUGUACAUUACUUCUGCCUCGACGAUCGCCCCCACUAUCACUACUGCCGCGUGA